UUCCACUUCCCUUCAAAACCUCAAGAAACAGAGCCCUUUUGGUGCAAGAGGAAAACAGGAAAGAAUUGUCUGCCACUGCCAGAUUACACAAACUUCUCUAUCUCUAUCUCUAUCUCUCUCCCUCUUCCAAGCUGCGACGAUGGUUGGUAGCACCUUGUUCACUUUGGCUGAGGUUGCCUCCCACGACAACCGCAACGACUGCUGGUUGAUCAUUGAGGACAAGGUGUACGAUGUAACAAAGUUCCUUGAAGACCAUCCUGGUGGUGAUGAAGUCUUGUUGUCAGCCAUUGGUAAGGAUGCAACCAAUGAUUUUUUCGAUGUCGGGCACAGUAGCACUGCUCGAGCGAUGAUGGAAGAAUUUUACGUAGGCGACAUCGAUAGCUCAACUAUCCCUACAAAAAGGAAGUACACUCCUCCAAAGCAGCCCCUAUACAACCAAGACAAGACACCAGAGUUCAUUAUCAAGGUCCUCCAGUUUCUAGCUCCCCUGGUAAUUUUGGCAUUGGCUUUUGGCAUCCAUCUCUAUACCAAAACAACAUGAACACUGAAACUGUAUCCAUUUUUUUU